AUGUCAACAGCUCCAGACAGCUGUCCAAGUCUAUCAAAAGGCAAGAAAGUCUUACCAUUGGAGGAAGAGCUCUCAAAAAUUUCUAGGAGAGAAUCAAUUAAAACUAAUGGCUCAGUCUUAUUGCUUGCCAUUGGAGAGGUGGAAGCUUUAACUGCAAAAUGGAUUUGCUUGCAUCUACAUCAGACUCAAACACUGGAGCAAGAAGCAUAUCCAGCAUUGGAUGAGUUGACUUCUAAAAUCAGCACACUUAACCUUGAGCGUGUUAGACAAAUAAAGAGUCGUCUCGUUGCAAUAUCUGGUCGUGUACAGAAGGUGAGAGAUGAACUCGAGCAUCUGUUAGAUGAUGACAAUGACAUGGCUGAAAUGUAUUUAACAGAGAAGUUUGCUGGUCACUCAAUGGACCACACAUCCUUAAAGGAGGAAUUAUAUGAUGAGGCACUUGAGGAUGAUGAAGACAGGGGUGAAGAAACUAAGUCUCAACACAGCUAUGGAACUUAUACUGGAAUAAAGCCCAAUAUUGAGGAGCUGGAGAUGCUUUUAGAAGCCUACUUUGCACAGAUAGAUGGCAUCUCACAAAAACUAUUCCAUAUAAGUGAGUAUGCCAACGACACGGAGGACUUCAUUAACAUCAUGUUGGAUGAAAAGCAAAAUCAGCUGCUACAAAUGGGAGUGAUGCUGAGUACGGCAAAUAUGAUAAUGAAUGCAGGUAUCGCGGUUGUAGGGUUGUUUGGGAUGAACAUUGAGAUCUCUCUCUUUUCUAGUCCAACCAUAAACUUCUGGGAAACUGCUAUUGGUACCGUAGGAGGUUGUGUGGCUUUGUAUUUGAUUGCUGUAGGGUGGGGUAAGAAAAAGACCCUCAUAUAG